AUGCGAGAGGAUAAAAUGCCUAGUGAGGACGUGAAGACGGCAGAAGGUCCACAUCCCAACUGCACCUUCCCACGCCCAACCUUCUUCAUACUGACUGGCAUUCCAGGGCUAGGUACCCAGGCCUGGCUGACACUGGUCUUCGGGCCCAUGGAUCUGCCGGCCCUGCUGGGCAAGGGAACACUACUGGCAUUGGUGCAGAUAGAUUCCACACUGCAGCAGCCCAUGUUUCUACUCCUGGCCACACUGGCAGCCACAGACCUGGGCUUAGCUACAUCCGUAGCCCCGGGGUUGCUUGCUGUGCUGUGGCUCGGGCCCCGGCCUGUGCCACACGCUGCCUGCCUGGCCCAGAUGUUCUUCGUGCAUGCACUGACCGCUGUGGAAUGGGACCGUGCGGUGGCGGUGGGGCGUCCCCUGCAUUACCCUCUCCUGGUCACCAAAGCCCGUGUAGGCUCUGCAGCGCUGGCACUGGCACUGAAAGCCGUGGCUCUCGUUGUGCCUUUCCCUCUGCUGGUGGCGCGAUUGGAGCACUUCCAAGCCAAGACCAUCGGUCAUGCCUACUGUGCACACAUGGCAGUGGUAGAGCUGGUGGUGGGCACCUCGCGGGCCAACCAUUUGUAUGGGCUGGCACUUUCACUGGCCGGGUCAGGUAUAGAUCUCCUGGGCAUCACUGCCUCUUACGGGCUCAUUGCCCACGCCGUACUGCGGCUGCCUACCCGGGAGGCCCGGGCCAAGGCCUUUGGCACAUGUAGUUCUCACAUCUGUGUCACCUUGGCCUUCUAUGUACCUGGUCUCUUCUCCUACCUCACACACCGCUUUGGUCGUCACACCGUCCCAAAGCCUGUGCACAUUCUUCUCUCUAACAUCUACUUGCUGCUGCCCCCUGCCCUCAACCCACUCAUCUAUGGGGUCCGCACCAAGCAAAUCAGGGACCGGCUCCUGGAAACCUUCAAGUCAGAAAAAGCCAGGUCUAAUGGGCAGAAAACAAUGGAGCCUGCUGGUGGAGGUGAGGGGACAUACAGAAGAGUCUAG